ACAGCUGUUUUUCUGCUGUGGUUACAACUUUUGACAGUGGUUUUAGUAUAUUGCUAUUGUGGAAAAAAGCGAAUGAUUUAUCCAAAUUUAAGGCAUUUAAAUGUUAUCGCGAAUAUUCCGUGGAGAAAAUGAAAAUGCCGCCGUCAAGAGAAAACGACAAAUUGAUACAUUGAAAAUUUUUAACGAUAAUGUUUUAGAACUAAGAGAAGAUGUGGAGUAUCAAGUACAAUUUGAUGCUGGAGAUAAGCGAAUGGCUAUUUUGGUCUCACUCUCACCGGAAUUUCCUCUGGAGAAGCCUGUUCUUCGGGUAACACCUCCGAUAACACAUCCUUGGUGUAAUGAACACAGUGAAAUCACGAGUGCACCCGGACUACUGCAUUUUACAGUUCAUAGCGAUCUUGGUCGUGUUGUUCAGGCUAUUAUCAGAGAAUUCAGUAGAAAUCCACCUCAACUUUUAGAAGAUAAUUCACCACCUUCUGCUGUACAACACAUUGACAUAGCUGGAAGAGGUUCGCCAUCAUAUGCUCUUAAUCCAUAUUUUGAACUUCCAUCGACAUCCUAUAAUUCUUAUUAUAAUUCUCAAUUUCCUCAAUUUUCAUCGCCAAAUACGAAUUCACCUAUAUUCAAUUAUAAUUAUACAAAUUCUGGCAAUACUUAUAUUUCGGACAAUAAAACACAAUCAUGUGCAACAUCAUCGCAUCAUUCAACAUACGUGACAAACACUCGAAGUCUACACAAUUCAAAUCCAAUUCAAUAUACAACAAAUCCACAUGCAAAUACUUAUUCUAAUUUACAUCAUGUCAAUAUAAACAUUCAACAACCAAUGCAAAAUCAAAUUGUAUCACAAUUUUUCCCCGAAUUGAAUAAUUUAACAAUUGAGGAAUUGAAGAAAUUUAAUGGAAAUGAUGAAAAAAUUGAUGAAUUUUUAGAAUUACAUCCACAAUUAAAAGAUAUUGAUACAGCAGUUGAGGAUACAAUUGACUGGGUACAAAAAACUGCAGCUGCGAAUCUCGUGAAAGAAGAAGAAUUAAAACAACUUCAAGAUGAAGUUAGAAAUAAAGUUGAAACUGUCAAAGAAUUAAAGGCACGUUACGAUCAAUUAUUACGUAAAUAUAAUAAUUUAUCGGAAGUAUUCACACCCGAUCAUAUAAAACAAUGUUUACAAAAAGCCGCCGAUGAAAGUCAUGAGAAAAGUGAAAAAAUAGCUGAAGAUUUUCUUAAUCGUAAAAUUGACGUUGAACGUUUUUUAAGUACAUAUAUUGAAUGUCGAAAAUUGGGUCAAGCUAGAAGAACCAAGGAAGAAAAACUUGCUCAUCAAUUAAAUGAAUUAAAACGAGCUGGUUUCUAAAAAUAAAAAUGAAACUUAAAUACAAAAAAAGCAUAAUUUCUAUUAAUAUAAAUACGAACAAAUUGUACAUAUCUCUUUUAGUUAAAUCAGACGAAUUUUCUUCAGUUUCCUAGAAAUUCGUUGAAAAUUCAAGUUUUAGUAAAAAAACCAAUGCUUUUCAAUUCUAAACAUCAACAUUCCAAAUAAAAGAAAAAUUAUGAAAAAUCAGCGUCCGAGCCUUUUAAAAUCAUUAAAAAAAAAAAAAAAAACCGUUGCUGAUGUAUAUAUUGUAAAU